UUUUAUUUGUCCUGUAUUUUUUCCCCUCUCUCUCCAAGGCAGUAAAUCCCGCACGUUUUUGUUAUGCUAAUACGGGCUGACAUCACCACUCACAUCAAAGCCCCGAGGAGCGCAUAAAAGCAGGUUCCGCCAGCCGGAGAAGAGCCAUAAAGGACUUUUGCAGCUGUGGAGCUGGACGGGGGUUUAGGAAGAAGAAGAGGCGAUCGCCUGCGACUCUGGAGCCACACACACAGAGAGAGAAAAAGAAGCGCACUUUGCAACAUCUUCCCAGAGCCUCUCUUGCGUUAUUAUUAUUUUUUGCAAUCAUUUUUCCCCUCCUUCCCGAUUUGCUCCCCCGCUCCAACUUCCCAGCGUCUCUUUCUCUCCAAUCCAAAUCCCUCGCCCGUCCUAGCUGUGUGCUUUUCAGUUUAACAUCUAUUUUCCCUCCGGCUGACCUUCCUGCGCUCGGGAAGCGUGUUUGGGAACCUUAUCUUGGACUGCUAACAUCUGCAAAACCGAGGCGUCCUUCUUUGCCCAGGAAACAGUGGAUGAAGCGGGGCUGUUGAAGAGAUCUCCCACCGCAAAUCCCAUUCCUUCCCCACCCCAGUUUUUGGAAGACGAUUUUGGAGAAGGGACAAGGAAGAAGAUUUCCCCCGCCCCACCGCUGCCAAAAGGUUGGCGUUUUGAGGAAUUCCUCUCUCCUCCCUCCCCCAUAAAGGAGGGUUUUUUUCUUUUCCCAAAAAGCCACUUUUAUUUUCUCCUGAAGAGAUUUCGUGGAGAAAAGAGAGAGGUAGAACCGGGCAAAGAUGACACGGCAAUUUUUGGUGGCCUUUUUCCUGGCUUUCAUUCUGCAGAAUGGGACCUGCAACGGAAUCAAGUGGUUAUUUCCAGCUGCAACAUGGAGACAAAACACCGUCUUCUCGGCCGCAACAUGGUCAACUGUGGGCCUUUUGUGCUCCACGAAAGCCUUGUUCAAGACUCCCUCGGUUCUAGCCCUGAACCAGACGCAGCACUGCAAGCAGCUGGAAGGGCUGGUGGUUUCGCAAGUCCAGCUGUGUCGGAGCAACCUGGAGCUGAUGCAAACCAUCAUCCAGGCCGCGCGGGAGGUGAUCAAGACGUGCCGCAAGACGUUCUCCGACAUGCGGUGGAAUUGCUCCUCCAUUGAGCUGGCGCCCAACUACCUCCUGGAUUUGGAGAGAGGCACGAGGGAGUCGGCCUUUGUGUACGCCCUCUCCGCCGCAGCCAUCAGCCACACCAUCGCCAGAGCCUGCACCACCGGGGACCUCCCUGGCUGCUCCUGUGGUCCCAUCCCAGGUGAGACACCUGGACCUGGGUAUCGCUGGGGAGGAUGUGCUGACAACCUCAACUAUGGUCUUGUCAUGGGGUCCAAAUUUUCAGAUGCUCCCAUGAAGAUGAAAAAAUCAGGAUCACAAGCCAAUAAGCUGAUGCAUCUGCACAACAGUGAAGUAGGGAGACAGGCCCUGAAAGCUUCUCUGGAGAUGAAAUGCAAAUGCCACGGAGUAUCUGGGUCCUGUUCGAUCAAGACCUGCUGGAGGGGGCUUCAGGAACUGAGAGACAUUGCCCUGGAUUUAAAAAACAAAUACCUUUCAGCUACAAAGGUGGUGCAUCGGCCUAUGGGCACCCGCAAGCAUCUAGUCCCCAAGGAUCUUGACAUCCGCCCGGUAAAGGAGACGGAGUUGGUUUAUUUGCAAAGCUCGCCUGAUUUCUGCAUGAAGAACGAGAAAGUGGGAUCGCACGGGACUCAGGACAGGCAAUGCAACAAGACCUCCAACGGCAGCGACAGCUGUGACCUUAUGUGCUGCGGCCGCGGCUACAACCCCUACAUGGACAAAGUGGUGGAGCGCUGCCACUGCAAGUACCACUGGUGCUGCUACGUCACCUGCAAAAAGUGCGAGAGGACUGUCGAGAGAUACGUGUGCAAGUGAGGCCCCCUCCUCGCGCCACUCGGCUCCCCUCUGGGCCCACAGACUGAGACAUCUGUGCCACAUUUCCCAGCGCUUUUCGGACAGGAGAAAAGCUUUCCGAACCCUGGACGAUGUUUGCCCUGCUUUUUUAAACAAGAAACCCACAAGACUGUUGGAAAGCCAUCACAACGCUGGAAUGACCAGACAUUUCAUAAAUUAGGAAGCAUCUUUCACAAUCCGUGGAGGACAGCAUGGCUUAAGCUGACAAACAGGUGUUGGCGCUUGGAUCUUCCUUGCCAAAACAACCGCAAAGACCAAACUUGGUUCUUAUAUAGUGGACAACCGGCCUUCUUGUUAUUGUUCAAUACCUGGCCACUGAGUGCCUUCUGUGUGUGGUAUGGGGCCGGGGGAAUGGGAAGCAGGUGGCCAGGAAUGGGAUAAGAACACAUGAAAGUCAAUACAGGAGAGCCUUUGUUUCUCUGUUGUAAUGUAACAUUACAUUUGAUAGCGGACAAA